AUGGGAAACGACGCGGAAACUACGCCGCCAGCUGCUUCCGCAGCCGCGGAAGAGCAGAAGCCAGCCGAUGCCGCCCCCGCCGAUGCGGCUCCCGCAGUAGAUGCUGCCGCUACGGAGGGAGAGCAAAAGAAGGAGGGGGAGGGAGCGGAGAAGAAAGAGGGGGAGGGGGAGGGAGAGGGCGAGGGCGAUGGGGUUGCUAAGAAGGACGCGGAUGAGCUUCAGCUGUAUCCUCUUGCGGUGAAGGGACCUGCUGGGGAGGAGAUCGAACUGCAGGUGAACCCUGCAGAUACAGUAAUGGAUUUGAAGCAGUUUUUGGCCGACGCGCCCGAGACGUGCUUCUAUACCGCGUACGACCUUAUCCUCACCAAGCCGGACGGAUUGCGUUACCACCUCAUGGAUUACGUGGAGAUUGGGGAGGUUGCUGACGUGGCAGCCGGCGGGUGCCUGCUGGAGAUGUUCAACACGUUCUACGAUGACCGCGCGGUGCGGCUGCACGUGCGUAAAACGAGGGAGCUUAUAUCGAUGGCCGGGUCGUACUCUAGCGCGUCUACGGCCAUGGCGGCGGAGUAUGAGCUAGUUAAGGGUCUCGCGACGGAGCGCGAGCUUGGAGGGGAUGAGAAGGAGGAGGGGGAGGGGAAGGAGGGCGAGGGGGAGAAAGACGGGGAGAAGGAUGGAGACGAGGGCGGGGAGUGGAAGAAGAGCGGGAAGGGGAAGAAGGGGAAGGGGCGGCGGAGCAAGGAGGAGGAGGCGAAGGAGAAGGAGCGGCGGGAGAAGGAGAAGGAGCGGGAGCGCAAGGCGAAGCUUCCGAGCAGCAAGGCGCGGAUGGAGGAGAUCGCGUCGCUGGAGCAGGGCGUGGGGCUGGGCGAUGAUCCCAAGGGCGUUCUCGCGAAAGUUAUGGUGAAGGGCGGCGCGGACGAGGACGCCGCGCCCGUGUGUGUGGAGAGCAUCGCCUUCUCCUCUUUCAAUCCCGUGCCCGGGCCCAGGAGGCUGCAAGGCGAUCUCGUGUACCUGGAGGUGGUGACGGCGGAGGGAAAGCUCUUCUGCGUGACGGCGCACACGAGGGGCUUCUUUGUCAACCGCAGUGGCAGCGGCCGCAAGCUGGACCCGCGCCCUGCUGAGCCCAAGAUGGACGCGUCCACUCUCAUCGGCCUGCUGCGGCAGAUCAGCCCGCUCUUCUCCAAAGCCUUCGCGGAGGUGAUCGAGCGCAAGGCCAACCGCCACCCGUUUGAGAACAUGCUGGCACCGCUGCCGCCCAACGACUGGGCGGCAAAGCCCAUCUGGGGCGGCGCGGACGGCACAGGGCCGCUACAGUACACGCGUGACGUGGCGCGAUCCGAAGACGCUCUAAUGGCCCCCUUUGGCAUUGAUUUCAGCGGGGUUCUGAGGGAUUGGAAUGAGGAGCUCCAGAGCUGCAGGGAGUUACCGCGUAACUCGUUACAAGACCGGAUUCUCCGCGACCGGGCGUUGUAUCGAGUCAGCUGCGAGUUUGCUGAUUCGGCGGUGCGUGGCGCGAAGGCCGUGAUUGGCCGGUCGAUCCCGCCGAUCAACCCGCAUGACGCGGAUCGGUUCCAUAUGUAUGUGCAUAAUAAUAUCUUCUUUUCCCUGGCGGUGGAUGGGGAUUUUGCGGCGCUGCAGCAGAUUAGAGAGGCGGAGCUGAAGCAGCAGGCGGAGGCGGAGGCUGCUAAGAAGGGGGAGGGGGAGGGCGGGGAGAAGAAGGAAGGGGGAGAGGAGGGGAAGGAGGAGGGGAAGAAGGAAGGGGAGAAGGAAGAGGAGAAAAAGGUGGAGACGAAGGAGGAGAAGAAGGAGAAGAGGGAUAAGAAGAAGAAAGAAAAGAAGGAUAAGAAGGAGAAGGAGAAGAAAGAGCAGGAGGCUGCAGCAGAGGAGAAAAAGGUGGAGGAGGCGAAGGCAGAGGAGGGAGAUAAGAAGGAAGGAGAGAAGAAGGAAGGAGAGGAGGGGGAGAAGAAGGAGGGAGAGGAUGCAGCAGCAGCAGCAGCGGCAGUGACGGAGGCAGAGCAGGCAACGUAUGCAUCGUCCAACAACGACCUCAAGGGCACCAUGGCUGUGAACAACGCCGACAUCCCCGGGCUCUACUCGCUGGCCAUGGCCAUCGUGGACUACCGCGGGCACCGAGUCAUUGCUCAGAGUAUUAUCCCAGGCAUCCUCUACGGCGAUCGCACGACGCAGAUGCUGUACGGGUCGGUGGACACGGGCAAGACCAUCAAGUGGAGCGACUCCUUCCACCCCAAGGUGGCGGAGCUGGGGAAAGCGCUGCACCUCAAGGAGCACAAGGUGACGGACGGCGACGGCAAGGAGGCGACUCUGUGCUCGCCCGUGGAGACCAAGGGCAUCCUGGGCAGCGAUGACAGGAAGUACCUGUUGGAUCUGAUCCGCCUCACUCCUCGCGACGCCAACUUCACCGCCACCACCACCAGCACCACCACCGCUGCCACCGGCACGGAUACCAACUCCACCGCCAACGCCGCCAACGCUGCGAAUGCGGCCAACCGCCUGGCGAUUCUCCGCCCCGAGCUGGUGGAGAAGUUUUGCCGGGAGGAGCAGGUGGAGCGGUGGAUGGCUCAGAAGGGCGUGAGCGAGCGGCCGAGCGCAGAGGAGGUGGAGGAGCUGAGGGAGAAGGCCGAGCUGCCUGACGUGCUGUUCAACCCCAACGUGCUGACUGAGUUCAAACUGGCUGAUGAUUCCAAGGAGGUGGAGGAGGACGAGGCGUUGGUGCGCAAGGCGGGCACAUACCUGAUCGAGACAGCGCUGCCUGCGCUGGAGGUGGAGGAGGACGAGGCGUUGGUGCGCAAGGCGGGCACAUACCUGAUUGACACAGCGCUGCCAGCGCUGGAGGUGGAGGAGGACGAGGCGUUGGUGCGCAAGGCGGGCAAGUACCUGAUUGAGACGGCGCUGCCGGCACUGGUGGCGGAUAUCAAGAGCUCCGAGGGGUGGCCCGUGGAUGGGCGCUCGCUCGCCAGCACCAUGCACGCGCAUGGCGUCAACCUGCGCUACCUGGGCCGGGUGAGUUCAUUUGGGAGGGCGGUGGUGGGGUUCGGAUGUAUCUGCUAUGUACAUGUAGAGCACAGGCAGGGCGCUCACAGGCACCAUGCACCACGCCCACGGCGUCAACCUGCGCUACCUGGGCCGGGUGAGUUUCCUUUCCCUUCCCUCUUUGGCCUUCGAUGGGCGGGUGGGUUUCUCUCAAGCACGUGGGUCAGAGCACUGGUGGCGGAUACCAAGAGCUCCGAGGGGGGGGGUGGCCUGUGGAUGGGCGCGCUUGCAAGCACCAUGCACGCGCACGGCGUCAACCUGCGCUACCUGGGCCGGGUGGCGAAGGAGGUGGCUGACGUGGAGCAGGUGUACUGGCUGUGCGUGGCGGAGAUGGUGGUGAGGGCCACCAAGCACGUUCUUAAAGCUGUUCUCCGCGAGACACUCGAGCAGGACGUUGCAAAAGAAGUGGCUGACGUGGAGCAGGUAUACUGGCUGUGCGUAGCUGAAAUGGUGGUGAGGGCCACCAAGCACGUGCUUAAAGCUGUUCUCCGCGAGACGCUCGAGCAGGACGUGGCCGGGGCUAUUGCCCACUUCCUCAACUGCUUCCUCGGCACCUCCACCACCACGCCGCCGCCCACGCUCCCCGGCGUCGGGGAUACGGACAAAGCCGAGGGCGGCACCGCGGGCGGCGGGGGGAAGAAGAAGAAGAAGGGGAAGGGGGGGGAGAGGAAGGAUGGGGAGGAGAGGAAGGAGGAGGGGGAGGAGAAGAAAGAGGCGUUUCUGUUUGUGGUGGAUGUGCCGGGGUAUACUCGCAUCACGGCGGAUAUGGUGUGGUCUGAUAUUACUGAGGGCGUCAAGUACAAGUAUCAGUUUGAGAUCCCCCCCGAGACGCGCAAGAUGGUUCGCAGCCUCGCCACCCUCCGCAACAUCUGCCUCAAGAUGGGCAUCGUCCUGGCAGCCAGGGAUUACAACCUCGAGUGCGACGUGCCCAUUGCGAUCGCAGAUGUGUAUGACCUGCUGCCGCAAAUGGGCAUCGUCCUGGCAGCCAGGGACUAUAACCUCGAGUGCGACGUGCCCAUCGCCAUAGCAGACAUGGGCAUCGUCCUGGCUGCCAGGGACUACAACCUCGAAUGCGACGUGCCCAUUGCCAGUGCAGACAUGGGCAUCGUCCUGGCUGCCAGGGAUUACAACCUCGAGUGCGACGUGCCGAUUGCCAUUGCAGACGUGUGCGACCUGCUGCCGCAAGUCAAGUUCGCUUACACCCACUCCCCUCUCCCUGUCCUCCCUGUCUUGCCCUUCUCCCUGUCUUGCCCUUCUCCCUGUCUUGCCCUUCUCCCUGUCUUGCCCUUCUCCCUGUCUUGCCCUUCUCCCUGUCUUGCCCUUCUCCCUGUCUUGCCCUUCUCCCUGUCUUGCCCUUCUCCCUGUCUUGCCCUUCUCCCUGUCUUGCCCUUCUCCCUGUCUUGCCCUUCUCCCUGUCUUGCCCUUCUCCCUGUCUUGCCCUUCUCCCUGUCUUGCCCUUCUCCCUGUCUUGCCCUUCUCCCUGUGUUCCCCCAACAGAUGGGCAUUGUGUUGGCAGCAAGGGAUUACAACCUCGAGUGCGACGUGCCCAUCGCCAUAGCAGACGUGUGCGACCUGCUGCCCCAAGUCAAGUUUGCCUCACCUGCCUGCAGCGACGCUCAGAAGCUGCUGGAGAAGGGCAAGAGCCUCGUGCACAAGCCGGGUGCACCUGUCCCAUGUGCUUCCGGUCAGUCGGCCUACCCCUGCGCCCGCGCGUUUCCGCAACCCCUCAGAGCGGGCAGUGGCUGCGGGAGCAUCGACAGCUCAAGCACCCCUAACAGUGUGGUCGGCCUGCCCCUGCGCCCGCGUUUCUCCGCCACCCCGCAGAGCGGGCAGUGGCUGCGGGAGCACGAGACGACUCUCAACUCCGCGUUUGAGAUUCUCAGCGAGGCGUACCAGAUCCUGCAGCAGGUUUGCGGACCUCUUCAUCUAGACGUUGCAGCAUGCUGCAGGUACCUGGCUCUGAUCUUCUAUCACGCGGGGGAGACCGGCAACGCCAUUCUGCAGCAGCACCGUGAGCUGAUUAUCAACGAGCGCGUGGUGGGGACAGACCACCCCGACACCGUGCACAGACACCGUUGUGGGGGGCUGCAAGGGGAUAUGCAGGAGGGGAGGGGGUACAAGGUGGAAGCGCACUGUCUUAUGCAGCAGCACCGCGAGCUGAUCAUCAACGAGCGGGUGGUGGGGACAGACCACCCCGACACCGUGCACAGAGGACUGCAGCAGCACCUCGAGCUGAUUAUCAACGAGCGCGUGGUGGGGACGGACCACCCCGGCACCGUGCACAGCUACGGCAACAUGGCGCUCUACUUCCACUCCAUGGGAGAGUCCGAGCUCGCUCUGCGCCACUUCAAGCGCACGCUGCAGCUGCUCUCGCUCUCUGCAGGCAACGACCACCCGGAGGUGGCUUCUCUGUUUGUCAACAUCGCCCUCACCUACCAGCGCACCCUGCAGCUGCUUUCGCUCUCUGCCGGCAACGACCACCCGGAGGUGGCUUCUCUGUUUGUCAACAUCGCCCUCACCUACCAGGACAUGGGAAAGUUGCAGAACGCCAUGAAGUAUCUACAGGAGGCGGUGCGAGUCAGUGAGAAGCUGCUGGGGGAGAAUCAUGUGCAGGUGGCCGUGUGUCACCAUGCGCUCGCCCUUGCGUUCUCUUCCAUGGGCGCCUUCAAGCUCGCUCUACAGGAGGAGCGCAAGGCGCAGGCGGUGUUUGAGAAGGCGGUGGGGAAGGAGGACCCGCGCACCAAGGAGUCAGAGCAGUGGGUGCAGUCGUUCCUCGACCGCGAGCUCAGGGCGCAAAAGCAGAAGGUGGGGCAAUCAGCAGCAACAGUCCAGCAGCAACAAGCAGCGGCUCUCCGUGUGGCCGAAGCUCUCAAGCAACGGCCGGAGCUGCUUCAGGUGUUGCAGGCAGCAGCAGCGCCCGGAGCAGGAGGCUCCACCUCGUACCAGCGUGCCGUGGCUGACGCUCUGCUUCGGGGAGAGGUCCCCCCACCUGCUCCCGGAGCUGGUGCAGGCAGGUUCGGCGGAGGCAUGGGAGCUACAGGCUCCUCAGGCACUGGCAUUCGAGCCAGAGGUGUGGACGAGCGGGCUUCCAGGGCUGCUGCAGAGGCUCGGCGGAAAGCAGCGGCUCGGGGGGUGAACCUACGAGGAGCUGCAGGUUCGGCAGGUGCCCGAGCCGGUGCACCCAGUGCAAUGGACAUGGAAGAAUUGAUUAAUUUCAUCAAUAGCACGUCACCAGCUUCUGGUGCGGAUAGCUCUUCCGCUAGUAAGACAGGCUCGGCACCUGCUCCGGCAGCUGGCUCGGCAGGUGGUUCGGCGGCGCCUGCUGGGCUUGGCGGUGUGGGCCUUGGUGUUGGCGUUGGUGCUGUCUCAGGAGCUCCGCCUCCCACGAAAGCUGGAGGAAAGAAAGGUGCGGGAGCAGCAGCGGCAGCAAGCAAGCCCGCAGCUACGGCAAAUGGGGAAGCAAGUAAAGGGGAUGCUCCUCUGGGUCUGGGGGGAGGGCUUGCUCCCUUGCCUGGUGGCAAGGGUAAGGGCAAAGCCAAGUAG